UAGUAAUGUUUUCUUUUUUUCAGACGGCCAGUUUUCUGGGCAUAUGUAAUACAAAGCGGAAACAGUUAUCCAAGCUGGUAUUGCAGUAUUUUUUUUUCAGGGCACCUGCGUAUCUGAUUUGGCAUAAGUACUGAACAAAGAUUCUGUUCGAUGAAAUUAAAGUCUGCCAACAUGACUGCAAUCUGCCGUGUGACCACCCCUCCAAAUGGCCUCUGAUUAACCCUUUUUUUCGCAGCACAAAAAAGGCAAAAAAUUAAGCAAGGAAGAAGAACAUUACCUUACUUAACUCUAUCCCAUGAAAUACUUUUAGGUUGUGCAGACAGCGUAAAGCAAUGGAUACACUUCUCAACAUAAGCCUGUUUGUGUUGCUAGUGCCUUUUUCCUGUUUUCAUACGCGAGAUUACAUGGUAAGUUGUUUAAAAUAUUACUAAGUUAAUCUGUAAUAUGCAAAUGAAUCGCCCAUUACGUACUGACAAUGGGUCCCAAUGACAGUCGGCCCCAUUGUCUCCCACGCAGAUAUCGGUGUCACGACACUCGCGAGCGAGAAUAUUCUGGUGAAGACAGAAUGGCUUCCUGAAAGUUGACUGUUGCAAUGAAAAGUGUUAAAGAGUGUCUUUGACUGAGGAAAGGCAUGGAGAUGAAAGAAAUAGAAGACCAAAGCCUUAAACUACGGGCUAAUAUUCUUAACUUACAAAGUGAAAAGAAAAACUGAAACAAAUACAAACGAUUAAGGUUUUAUGGGCAUUUUCUUGCACCUUAACAAUUUUCUCUUUCUCUAAUUUGCUUACCGGGUAUAUCACUUAUCAGAUCUUCAUUCUAGUUUACGUUAACAAAAGGGACCGAAUUUUCUAGACGCCUCUUUAAUAAUGCCCCACGCAAAACACACGGAACUUCGAGAAUCUCUUUAAAUGAUUAAUUGUAAACGAAAGUGAUAUAAUGUCAUUGGCAUUUUUAAAACUCACUUUCACUUUCAAUAUCCGGCUUGUCGACUUUCGAUACGGGGUAAACCCCAACAGACCACGCAAUGAGAUCAAACAAUGAGAUCACUAUACGUCACUUCCUGUUUUCGGGUGAUUUGGCACACACAAAAAACAAGUCGCUAUAGAUACCAUAAAUUUUAGAGCUUGAAUAAACCACAGCCCGGCCAGACUUAUUAAUCUCUCACGGUAUUUUUCAUCCUUUUUUUGAAGCCGUCAAUCUUAGACUGCCAAAGACGUUUAGAUGUCAAGUCUACGGAAAACUUUUCUUAAUAUUUAGCAGACGCUUUGUGUUUGUGAAAUUAAAGGCAAACAGAUGUCGCAUUUAAAUCAGGCUCUCUUUCACAGUAACGCAAUAAUUUUUUUUGUGGGCGGAAGUGACUGUAGUGAGGGCUCCAACCUCACAGAAAAACCGAGUCCCUGUAGGGAAUGGGGGGUAAGGGAGGGCGUAUUUUUCUCCCCUUCUCCUCUCAUUUUCCCUGACCGAAGAAAACAGGUUGGGGCAGGGGGGCGAAGUUUGCCAUUAACUAGUAUAGGUUCAUACUGCUGUGGAACAUAUUUUAAUUUAAGGUUCAGCUAGGAGCCCUGGGCUCCUGGUUCAGCGACUCACAGCAAGGUUAGUACUGCAGCUCCCACGCUAUAUACAGGGGCACCCAAUGGAUCUGUUCCUCAAAAUAUCUGUUCUUCAUGCAAAUUUUUGCUGGCUGGGAGAUGUGGAAGAAAUAAUAGCCCUUGGAAGGAAAGUAUUGCUGGGAAAAAGAUAAUUCAGGGUGUCAGAGGGGAUUUGAAGUCUAGAAUAGCUGCUACGGGUUACUUGUAUGGGUUGCUUACCACUCAAGAUCUGAAUUGAGCCCUAUGAAACUUCCCAGUAAGUCAGGUUGCAGGUUGUAAGGUUGCUGGCUGGGAACUCUUCCAUCAGUCUUGCUGGGAGUGAGGAACAGAUAAUGUUUUUCCAGCAAUCUCCCAAAAUGCUUAAAAUAGUCUCAGAAAACUUUAUUCACGCUUUAUUGUUGUUUUUAGGUCUUUUUCUCAAAAUUUUCCGUUGGGUGCCCCUGUAUAUAAACACAGGCUUCAGCUCUUUACGAUUCUGAAGCGCGAUCAGAAAAUUUGAUCCUGGUAUAGGAAGGGGGAGAUGCAUUUGCAAGAAAGACUUUCGAGUUCCUUAUAUUUCAGUUCAGGAAUAGUCACGUAGCCUUUAGUUGUUUCGCUGGACAACGCUUCUCCCCAAAGGAAGCUCGUGAGGACCUGUGCGUGACGGGCAAAUAAGCUACUACAUGCAUAGGGGACUUCAAUCUUGGACAGAGUAAACGGAAUAUUAAGACCACACUAACCCGAAAUCAAAGGUGAUUGAUAAUAUGAGCGUUUUAGCCCUCGCGUGGCUUAAUGUUUGAUUCCGGUAAGGAUGGCGGUGGGAGAGAGCGGGGCGGGCUUGAUUUUCUAGUUUGUCGGUUCAUGAUUGUAGCUCAGGUGUUGGAAAUGAAAUUAACAGUGACAUAUAUAAACUGAGGAGGUAUCGCAUUUGUUCUGCUUUGCAAGUGUACGCGGCAGUUUUGCUAUCGUAUUUUUUUUUCUAUUGUAUUAUUUAACGAGUGGCCACGCUAUGGAGCAACCCUCACAGCUCAUAAGUAUACUACAGUCUCAGUCAAAAUUGUCGGGAGACUUUACUGUCUCCUCGCCCUCCCAAUGUUGGUGUUCAAGAUUUGGUGAGUUAAGCGCGAUAAACAACAUUCAGAGCGGGACCGGUAGAGCCUGGGCCAGAAGUAAAAAAAAGAGCUUUCGGAGGAAGUGUCCGAACUAUUUUUGUCUGAGACUGUAUAUGUAAUAAUAUUGCAUUUGUUCUCCAGGAAUUGAGUCUGUUCGUUUAUUUUAUUCGAACCAAUUAUUCGUCAGGUAUCUGCCCAAAAUGCACUACAAGGAAGGAGCUGCAGAUGGAACCAAAUUACGAUCCUGAAACCAAAAGAAACUGAAUGUUUCAAUUGCCCGGAGUGUCCCGCGGGUCAGGGCCUCGUCCCACAGUGCGGCUCACGUAUCACUGCUGACGUCAGUGUGGAGUGUGUUCAUUGUCAAAAAGGCGAGAGUUACUCGGACAAGCAUGAUAUAUCAUCAUGUAAGCCAUGCACAAUCUGUGACCCAAAUGAGGAAACCAUUAGUCCUUGCACCGCGACGAAAAAUGCAAAAUGCGGGAAAUGUAAUAGUGGGUGAGUAGCGAUAUUCUGAUAAUAUAAGAGUGAUUCAUGGUUGAGAUUUUUUACAAAGGGCUCGUUUUCAUGAGAACUGAGGAAUUACGUUCAUUUCGUUGAAUUAAUUUACAGCGGAAAAAUGCGCGACUUCCAGUGUGCGAAACUGAAUGAGUGCGAAUCAGAUUGUCAUUCCCAUGUCAUUUGUACUGAUAACCCUAUUUCCGCCAUUUUGAUUCCUUGGCGCCAGCUUUAGUAACGCCAAAUUUUUUUGGCUGCCAUUGCGUAUUUUACUAAAUAUACCUUAUUCUAAACGCACGUGGACAGGAGCUCCUUACGUGUACACAUUCUUUUGUCAAGAGAGGAUAGGAAAUUAACCGAUACAGAAGGCUUAUAUGGGGCUCGCAGAUAAGUCACUCCAACAUUAGGCUACUGGGAGUUUUUCUUGUCCUUUUCAAUGAGAGACACAGUCAGCUUUGGGACCGCGCUUACCUGGACACUAGUUUUGCAACUUUGAAAGGCGUUUACCUCAAUCCUAAAUCAAAUACUCGUCAAAUACAUCUAGAAGACCGCUUUGAUCAUGACAAGUGUUUCAUUCGAUCUUUGGUAUUUUACCGAAAACCUGUUCCUGUGUGUUCUUUUACACAUCCCUCAAUCACCAUUUUAUCAUAUUUGGCAAUUUAGUUCUUGCGAUAUGAAACAGCUAAGAAACCGUAGUUAAUGCGCAAAUGCAUCAGAUGACUGUGUCCCUUUAACACCUCAACACACUUAUUCAGACACAUUUUUAUGUUACCAUAUAGCUACUACCGAGCUAAAAGUGGCGACUGCCACCCAUGCUCCUGGUGUUGUGCCGAUAGCAAAGAAGGAGAUAAAGAACAACAAUGCAUUGAGCAGACCAACCUACCUGUCAAUCAAGUGUGUCGCUAUGACGUCAAUACCAUCAAGUGUGCACCCUCAAAAGAUAACUCCACUUCUCAUGAUCCUGCUACAUCCGCAGUACCAAAUCAAGCAGGCGCGGAAGACGACGUAGCCUAUGGUAUGGGAUCCAAGAAAGAAAGCAACAUCAUUUUAGUGAUUGCAAUUAGCGGCUUUGUGGCUUUGGGCAUCUGCAUUUUGAUUGGUCUACUGUACAUUUGUAACCGGAAGAACGAUCGUCCUUCUCAUCUGACAUGGGCAACAAUACUUUGUGUAAAUAGACAUCGUAAGUAUUUGUAUCAAUUCACAGUUUUUAUAGCUCUUUAAAUUGCUGCAAUAAUGAAUGUAUGAAUUUCAUAUAUUGGAACUGAGGAACGAAGAAAUUAAUGCAAAGAAAGUCGUCCCAGUUGCGGAAAGAGUGCCCUGACCAUAGGCGUACGGGCCGGAGGGGCGAGGGGGGCUGCAGCCCCCCCAAAUUUUGGGCAACUCAUAUUUUUUGGGCAGCGAGAGAAAAAUUGGGCAAAGCCAGUUUUUUAACACGUUUCCGUGUUUUUUAAAUCAUUAUUUUGAAGAGAUAAAUAUUGUCUAUUUUAACCUGAAGUUGGCGUAAUAAUCCAGUACUGUUACAUUCACACGAGGCAGUGGUUGCCUAGCACGUAAUGAGUUUCUGGUUAUAAGGGAAGGGUAUCAUGUGCUGUUUUUUUUUAUUGUUGGGCACUGUACUGCAAUGGGCUAUUUCCAGUCGUGAAUUGAUUAGAAUAAACUUCCGCCUAACUUUCUAGAAUCAUCUCCACUCGUAGAAUAGUGUAUGGCAGAUAGCAUCAGCAAUGGGUCUGAAAGUGAAGAAGUGGCUGACUAAUUCUCAGUUUGAAUUACGCGAAGAAUCGUAUUUUUUUUAACAAAAAAAAAAAAAAAAAUCUAUCGAGUGGUUUAAAGAUUUUUCACUAAUUUGUUAAAGUAGACCGAAAUGUUUACCAUACCGCUAACAAGAGCGCUAUGAUACAUACUAAAUACUCAAAUCCUUUUUUGGCCAGAGCUAUCUCCAUUAUCUUUUACCCACGUUUUUAAAAAGAUUGAAACUACUAUGAGGUGAAAUUGCAUGUCAAAAGCGCUUCGUUUUCUACAGAUAACGGCCAAACAUCAAGAUUUUCCUUUUUUACCGUAUUUCUAACGACAGAAACUUUAUCCCAAAAUAUCUCCGCAACGCUCUUACAGAUUCCGUUUUAACUUCACGAACAUCGAGGCGACUAUUGGAGGAAAAUGCUUCCGUGAACGAUUUUGAAAGAACAGUUCCCAGUGAGAAAUGUUGCUGCAAGUAUAAUAGGUACUGGCAUCAUUUGGUUGCUAUGACAACUCCGAUGUUAUUGCAACCCGGAUCACAACAAAUUUUCAUCUUUAUCUAAUGCGACUGUGGUAGCAAUUUUUCCAAAUGUUUGUUUAUGGUGUCGUAGUCUAUGCUAAAAAAAACUUCACAGGUAUUGACCCUGAAAAACUGUAUCGAGCCACUUUCAUAUGCUAGUACGACCUAUGUUGUUGCAUUGUAUGGCCCUCGUUUCUGUUCGACUGUUUUGUAAAAAUUUGGGCAACUUGCAAGAAUUUUUUGGGCAAAUAGUUUACCGCCCCCCCUGACAAAAAAUUGCCCGUACGCCCUUUGCGAUGCCGGUGCAGCCCUCAAACCAAUUGAGCUGACAAGCCAGCUGGUAAACUAAUGCUACGACUAAACUUAAAAAUGGCCGAGAUAGUUGUCAACAUUACUGUUUGCCAAAUGCCGGGAGGCAAGCAUUAUAAAUGAAUGAAAUUUGGGUUUUUUUUGUGUUGGUGACAGACCUGAGUUUCUUGACAGAGGGCGGGUUAGCUCCAAUGCGAGGAGAAGCAAAUGAACAUUUGAGAAAAGUUCAAUAUUAACAAUAUUUAAUAUUGGCACAACAAGAUAAUCCAAAGGAGUAAAACCAGCCAAUAAUUACUAAACGUUUACCGCGUAUCCACUCGAUCAAAAAGAUAUCACUAAUAUUGGCCCAACUGAUCGAGUCACCUUUGGGUAGAUGUACCGGAGGCCACUGGUUUGGUUUUUCUCGUGGCAUGGUUAACUGAAACCGUGGAAAGCUUACAUCGCAUUCUGCAAAUUCAAGAACCUCAGAAAGUGUGGAGUAAAUAAAGGUUACUAAUGAGUUAUUAUAUUUGUUGCUUUUACAGCAACCCAGGUUGUAUCUACCGACAAACCACCAUCACCAAUUGUAUUUGGAAGGAAGAAGUCCAGUACGGAACCACAAAUGGUCUAGUAUUAAUCACCAACCUGUGACUGAAUCAGGCAUCAAGAGCACCUUGCACUGGAAAAUAUUAUUCUAUUGUUUGUUGAUGUUUCGUGACAAGUUACCUUAUACGGCUGUACAUUUGUAACGCCGUUUAGUGAGAGGGGGAAUGAGUGUCGUUCUGUCAAUUGCCUGAACAUGCGCAUUAAGAUAAGUCAUUAAAAAGGACCUUUUUCUGAUAGGCCUCUGAAAAAAAAAAUCUAAAAACAUGUUAGAGAUCUAAGUGAUAACGUCCAAGUGUUCGUAAAUCCUUAAAACCUGUUUAAUUCUGCAGUCAAUAGAGAAAAGAAAUGUGACGUCACGCGGAAGUAGUGAAAUUAUGGGACUGGUUGGCAUAUCCGGAGGGAACAAGAUGUAAAAACCCCCCGUUGCCAAAAAUUAGCCAAUUUUGUGCAAACUGGUGGGGAGUAGCGUUAUGCAGACAGUUCACAGUCCCCUAUUUUUUCGCAUGAUCGUCAGGAUUCAGCGCUUACAGGUAUGGGUGGCCAUCUUGGUUUCAUAUGUACCGAGGGCAAUGGGUGUCGGGGUUUAAAGCGGUCCCGGCGACUUAAGCAGAAUUGACACUCCUUCAAGAUAGCGGUACGAAACCCGAAGCGCUCGAUGUCGACGAUUUUACGGAAAAUUGGGGACUGUGAACAGUCUAAGCGUUAUAUAAUCCAUACAAAUCUUUCCAAGAUUAGCGUUUAUGAUCCAGGGCUAUUUAGAAGGAUUUAUAUGUAGUCAGCGGCGCAUAACGAUGCUGAUAUCUCCCCAACAAAUUGCACUAACAGACCGAUUUUUUGCAAGGGAGCUUUUUACAUCUUGUUAUUUCUUAAUAUGCCAACCAACUCUAUAAUUUUACAAAUUUAGUUUUUGUGACGCCAUCAUUUCCUUCCUCUAUAGGCCAUGCCCGAUUUCCAAACAUCCUGCUUUUAAAAUUAGGCCAAGUGCUUAACUUAUGUCGAAACUAUUUCUAAAGCAAAGACUUCGCUCUAAGGCAACUUGGGAAUGGCCUGUUAAAAAUACGUUUAACUACCUUUAAGAAUGCGAAGUCUUCCUGGUGACAAGUUUUAAGAACUGUGCACGGGGGAUAUUGAUGAGGACGGAAGAGAGACAUCACAUUGAAAGUUAAGCUGAUAACAUUUUAGUCCUUUACCAUGUGGAAUAUGAACUAUUACAUUUUAAUUGCCGUUACCGUUGCUUAAUUCAUAAGGAGUGUAUCGCUAGAGUUUUUUCUAUGAAAUCUCUCAAUAUUUUUUCUUCUAAUGAUCCUGGCGUUCCUAAAGAACCAUCCUUUAUGCUUAAAAUUACACUCGCUUUACUUUUACAGUAGAAUUGUUAAGAUACUCGAUAUUAAUGCGAGGAUGUAACGCAUCCAGUAUGACUUUCCAAGGAAAUGGCAAGAACGGAUCACAAAAAAGGACUGGCAGAAAAGGUUGUAAUCAUUUAGCCAGGAAACGAAAACGUGAAUUUCAACUAAAAGGUCCAGAAAUGAAGACAUAUCAAACACGGGGGGCGGUGAAUAAAGGCAU